UCCAUUUUGAGGUUACCACUCAUCCAAGUCUAUAUAGCACUUGUAGAAGGGCGGAUGAAUGAUGAGGGACCGGGCAAGGGUUUAUGUUGCAGGGACUUGGCAAGGCUUGGCAAACUCCACCAAGGACCCGAUCCGCUGCCACAGUGGUGGGAGGAAUGGAGCAAACUUAACUAGCUGUGGAUCCAAAACAUGCUUCUUGCUUGAUUGAGCUAGACAAUAUAUAUAUAUAUAAAUAUAUAUAUAGUAGAUAUUCUCUUGAUUGUAGGUACCUAGAUUCGAUGAUCGAACUAUUCACCUCGACAACUGGACCUGCUUGAAGGCCCUUCUGUUUCGGCCUACUCUGUGGUAUGACCGGUCAGUUCGGGGGCACAACACACACCUCUGCAGACUUGGGCAUGAACUUGGCUUUUGUAUGCUUUUCUUCACCCUGUGUAGAAGAACCAACUUUUCGUUUUUCCAUGUUCGAGUCGAUCGAUGUCGGACUUCUACUUCACAGGUGGAGUCCAUGUCCGGCAAGAGGCAGUGGGGCUGAACCGACACACUCCGACCUCGUCGAAACCUCGACACCGCCCCGUUCCACACUCCCAGCAGACUUCGAACUCCCAACGACGAUGGAUGUGCCGGACCGUACGACCUCGCGUGUGCUCCGGAGACUUUGCUUGCAGACCAAGGCGCAGCGAGCCUGGGCGCCUGGAAGUGGCAUCCUUGACGGCCCGAGCGGUGUGGCUUCAGCAACGACCAGGGUCCAGGUGGGAGCUUCUACCACACUACUGCCAGGUGGUGCAGGGUCGUCGUGCCCAACACCAUGGGCAAAAGUGGCUACAGGUCACCACCCGCCUGGCCCUUGAGGAGCGAUGGCUUUCGAGGAGUAAGGAAGACUUGCGAGUCCGCGAGCACUUUGUGGUCUACGAGCUGCCCCGAGAGGGCGCCAUCGUUCAGGACUUCCGGAUCGCCGCCAUUCUGCCGGACGCGGAGCCGGCCAAAGAAUAGAAAAGGUGUUGAGAACUACAGCGGCCGG